AUGUCUUGCCCUCUGUCCUCCGCAGACCUGGCUUGUCCUCUGUGUGAGUCCAUCUUCUCAGACCCGGUGACUCUGGGCUGUGGACACUCGUUCUGCUGGAGCUGCAUUGUGGGAGCCCCCUCUCCUCUCUGUACCAUGUGUCGCGCUCCUCUUCCUCCUGAGCGGGACUCUCUGGUCAUCAACCAUGUGCUGAAGAGCCUGUCGCUGAGGGCCAAAGAGCGCCCCCUAGCCCCCACUGAGAAGCAGACCUUGUGUCCGGACCAUGAAGAGCCUCUGAAGCUAUUCUGUGUGACCGACCAGACUUUGGCUUGCAUCAUCUGUCGAGACGGAGAGGCACAUGAUGGACACAAGUUUAAACCAAUCAGAGAAGCCGCUGCGUCUCUGAGGCGGGACCUCGACCUGGGCUUGGCCAAUCAGGACUCAGAACUCCAGAAGAUCCAGCAGCUGCAUGAGGAGCAGAGCACAGAGCUGAGCAGAACCAAAGAGGGGUGUGGAGAGGAGAGGAGGAGGAUCUACACACAGACCGAACGCUUGAUCCAGGCCCUGCAGAAGAAAAGAGACCAGCUACUGCACCAAGAAACCGAGCCGGAGAAGUUCCUCAGACUCUGGAGUGAGCGUCAGCGCGGCUCUGUCUCCACAGAUGUGUUUUCUGUGCGCUCUGAGGGCCUCUCUGUGGUCCCUGCCCCUCUCCUGCUCGGGCCCCAGCACUCGCACCUGCAGUUCUUCAUGUGGAAACAGCUCCUGCAGACGGUGGAGCCACGUCCGGACCUCCUAACUCUCCCAGACCAGAACCCCGACCUCACGGUGUCCGAAGAUGGGAGGAGCUUCCACUGCACUCCCUUCAGUGGUAAACAAUACAAAGGAUCCUCAUGGACUAUGCAUGGUGUGAACACAAGAUAUAAUUUCACGACCUGCACAGUUCCUCAGACCCUCUCCCUGAGCAGCGUCCAGAGCUUCUCCUCUGGGCAGCAUUACUGGGAGGUGGAGGUGGGCCUCAGGAGGUGCUGGUGCGUCGGUGUCACCGCUCACCUCCUCAAAUAUGAAAACGACCAGUACUUUUGGUGCAGAUUUGAGGAGUGCGAGCAGGCGUCGGUCAGCGGAGCGGUGCGUGUGGUGGGCGUGUACCUGGACUGCGACACCCGGAGCGUAUCCUUCUACGAGGCGCGCUCCAUGAGUCUGCUGCUGGAGCUGCGGGGCCCCUCCAUGCUCCUCCCGGUCAACGCCUGUUUUCACGUCACCGCCAUCGAGCCGGACAUCAACCCCCUCACCAUCUGCCAGUACUGA